CGUUGGAAGAAGCAGCUGCGAUGGCCUUUUUUUCCGCCUCCUUUUCAACAUCCCUGUCGAUGGCGGCGCUUGUGGGGGAGACGGUUAUGACGCCGUCGGGUCAGGCCAACGUCAUUUACCUGGCUGUGAAUGAGAGCAGCCCGGGCAGCCUGCUGCUGCAGCUGUGUGAGCUGCUGGCCACCACACCAUUACAGGGUUUGGUGUUCGAGGAGGAGCGACCGCCGCCGCCAAACCGUGCCCCCCUGGCCCCCAUGCUGGAGUUUGUCUCCGCCCAGACGGGAGUUCCCGUGGUUGCCGUAGGGGGAGGGGCCAGCCUGGGACGAGAGCCACAGGAAAGCGGCUCCAUCUACCUCCAGUUCACCUGCUCCACCUCCCUCCAGCUCGAGGUCAUCUUCGAGGUGCUUGAAGAGUACGACUGGACCUCCUUCUCUGUGGUGACCACGCGUCACCACGGCUACGAGGACUUCCUGGCUAUGGUGGAGGGUAUGACGGACGGCUCGUUCAUCGGCUGGGAUAAGAAGAGCGUGGUGAUUCUUAACGUGACUGAUGACCCUGGCGGAGCUCGGACAAAACGGCUGCUCAAAGACAACGAAGCCCAGGUCCGUCUGCUCUACUGCUCCCUGGAGGAGGCGGAGCUGGUUUUCCGGGCAGCUGUGGCAGCCGGUCAGGCCGGGUCCAGUCACAUGUGGUUUGCCGUGGGACCAGCGCUGUCCGGUUUGGGCCUGGAGGGGCUGCCCAAGGCCUUGUUCGCCAUCCGGCCUCAGGGCUGGAGGGAUGAGCCACGAAGGCGCAUUGCCAAAGGCGUCUCGGUGCUCACCCACGGGGCGAUGGCUCUGCGGAGGGACCUGGGGACCAACAGCCGCUCGCAAUACGCCGGCAACUGCCAGAGUGACGGCAACCAGACCCACCGAGUGCCAGACAGAAUCAGGUACUUCAGCAACAUAUCCCUCGGUGGGCGGGAUUAUUCCUUCAACAGUGACGGCUACCUGUCCAACCCGCUGCUUGAUGUCAUCUCCUACACCAAUGGGAGAGGCUGGGAGGAGGUUGGCUGGUGGGAGAACGGCCACCUGCGACUACGUUACCAUCCCUGGUCUCGUUACGGCUCCUUCCUAAAGCCUCUGGAUGACUCCCAGCACCUCAGAGUGGUUACCUUGGAGGAGAGGCCCUUUGUCAUCGUGGAGCCGGCUGACCCGGGCACCAGCUCCUGCAUCCGGGACUCUGUACCCUGUCGCAUGCCCGUCAACACCAGCUUGGUGGUGGAUGGCACCGGGCCCACGAAGCACUGCUGCAAAGGGUUCUGCAUCGACGUCCUCAAGCGACUGGCAAAGAUUGUGGGUUUCACCUAUGACCUGUACCUGGUGACCAAUGGGAGGCACGGGAAGAACAUUGAUGGGGAGUGGAACGGCAUGGUCGGAGAGGUGGUGUCCAACAGGGCUGACAUGGCCAUCGGGUCUCUCACCAUUAACGAGGAGAGGUCAGAGGUCGUGGAGUUCUCCGUUCCGUUCGUGGAGACCGGCAUCAGCGUCUUUGUGGGGGGGGGGGGGGUGGGGGGUUGGGGCUGGGUGGGGGGUGGCUUCAUUUGACCAUCACUAUUUUUGGAGCCCUACAGCCCGGCGGUGUGGGUGAUGAUGUUUGUGAUGUGCCUGUCGGUGGUGGCUGUCACCGUCUUCAUCUUUGAGUUCUUCAGCCCCGUGGGAUACAACCGCAGCCUGCAGAGCGCCAAGAAGUCAGGUGGAUCUAAGUUCACCAUAGGGAAGUCCGUCUGGCUGCUGUGGGCGCUGGUCUUCAACAACUCUGUGCCUGUGGAGAAUCCCAGAGGAACCACUAGCAAGAUCAUGGUGCUGGUGUGGGCCUUCUUCGCUGUCAUCUUCCUGGCCUCCUACACUGCCAACCUGGCCGCCUUCAUGAUCCAGGAGGAGUACAUCGACACGGUGUCAGGGCUGUCAGAUAAGAAGUUCCAGCAGCCGGCGGAGCAGUACCCGCCGCUGCGUUUCGGUACAGUACCAAACGGCAGCACAGAGGAGAACAUCCGCUCCAACUAUCCCAACAUGCACCAGUACAUGAUCCGCAACAACCAGAAGGGUGUGGAGGAGGCCAUUGAGAACCUCAAGACUGGAAAACUGGAUGCCUUCAUUUAUGACGCUGCGGUGCUGAACUAUAUGGCCAGAAAGGACGAGGGUUGCAAGGUGAUGACCAUCGGCUCUGGUAAAGUGUUUGCCACGACGGGCUAUGGCAUCGCCCUGCACAAGAACUCCCGCUGGAAACGGCCCCUGGACCUGGCUCUGCUGCAGCUGGUUGGAGACGAUGAGAUUGAUAUGUUGGAGCGUCUCUGGCUGUCGGGUAUCUGCCACAAUGAUAAGAUCGAGGUGAUGAGCAGUAAGCUGGACAUAGACAACAUGGCAGGGGUCUUCUACAUGCUUCUGGUGGCCAUGGGCCUCAGCCUCCUGGUAUUUGCCUGGGAGCAUCUGGUGUACUGGAAACUACGGCACUGUGUGAAGCGAUCUGGCGGGAUGGACUUCCUCCUGGCUCUCAGCAGGGGGAUGUACAGUUGCUGCCAGUUUGAGGAUGAGACGACACCGGGAGGUAGUAAAAGCUCCCUGCCGCAAUACCACACCAUGACCACCAUGAACACCAUGCCUACUGGAUCCCAACACCUCGUUACAGCCACAGUAAAUAACACGGCUGCCAUUGCAAUGGUGCAGCAGCAACAGCAGCAAAAGCACCACCAACAACAGCAACAAGGGCCAACCUAUACCACCAUGUUACCCGGAUCACCACCAACUAUAGGACACUCUGCAAUGGCUCUGGGACCCUCCAACAGCCCCUUACUGGAAGGACCCAUGCCCUGCUCCACCUUCCUGCCUCGCCAUGACCGCAGACUUGCUGUUGUUGAUCGCUGGAACAGGCCAAAGCCAGAGCAAGUCAUGAGUGGAGGCAGUGGUGGAGGAUUGGGCGUUGGGGGUAUAGCGGGAGGGAUCCAUGAACUUCAGGUCCCACAGUAUCAGCCGAACCUUGGACAGCACUGGAGCCUGCAAGUGGCAGGUGGAGCAGGGGGAGGCGGUGACACAAGUCUAGAUGAAUAUAAGCGCUACUAUGGUCCUAUAGAUCCAGAGGGGCUAGGAGCUACCUCUGACCAACAGGCAGGGGGCCCCCAGCAGACUCCCAAAGCUAAUCCGCGAGGCCCCAAAGCCUCAGGGAUGCCACGGCCGCCUCCUAAAGGCCCCCAACAAGGCCCCCAACAAGGCCCAGGGCACCUAAUCUCCAAGCCACCUCCACUGAUCCCGUGUUCACCACGAAGGCCUCCUUUCUGGCGACGGGGAAGCCUCACUCAGGCAAGGAGAAAAAGCUCAGGAGGUCCCCUGUAUGAGAAUAUACUCCCUCUGGGGAGACGAGGAGGUGGGAGGUAUGGCGCAAGCGAUGGAGGCGGAAGAAGAGGGCGACGUCCUCCACCUCCUCCUCUGCCUGUUCCCCUUUCCUCCCCAACACACACUCCGACCACGCCCUCCUCCCCAUGCCGUUUCUACUCCUCCUGCUCCAGUGCCUCAUCCUCCUCCUCUUCCUCUACAUCGACCUCAUCCUCUUCUUCGUCCUCCGUCUCGCUGUCUCGGUCAAAUUCCCCGUCUUCUUGCUCCAGUGACAGCUCCUACAACUCCUCGUUGAGUUUCCGGUAUCGAGCAGGUGACCGGGACUUUACGGUUGAUGACGAUUAUGACUCCGAUCUGCUUACAGAGGAGUCUAGCCUCCUCUUAGGGUCACGGAAGAAGAUCCGUUCACGUCGCAUGUCAUCGCGCUCGCUGCCGUGCAGCCCGCCACCUCCACCAAUCCCGCCCAGGAAGCCCCGCCCUCAAAAAGAUUAUGGCCGAGAGAGAACAGGCAGCCAGCUGGCCCAGUUACAGGAGUGGUGGGCGUCGUGGGGAGAGAGAGAGCGAGCGAGGGCAGGAACAACGAGCCGGGGAGAUGGAACCGUUAGUAGACAGGAUAAGAGACACCACAAAGAGAGGGAACGCGAGCGGAAGAGGAGGAAGAAGGGCCGAAAGAAGAAGAAGAGGGAGGAGAGGGAGAGAGAAAGGGAGCGAAAGCGGCGCAAAGCAAAGAAGAGGAAGAAAGACGAUAAGGUGAAGAAGAGAGAGCGGAAGAGGUCAGUGCAGGAGGGAGGAGAUGCUGAAAAAAGGGAGGAAUUCAAAUCAGGGACCGCAGAUUACCCUUCAUACCCGCCCCUGAGACGAGAAUCUUUUCGGAAAAAGAGCGAGAGCUCAAUCCGAAGCUAUGGAUGGAACAUCUCAGGUGAAGAGGAGAGGAAGGAAAGAGAAGAGAAAGAGAGGGAUGAUGGGGAAGAGAUCAGAGGGAAAGAAAGAGAAAGCAGACGAAGGAACAGCAAGCACUAUCAUAGCUCGAGCACUAAGCCUUCGACGUCUGUCAAGUUCUGGGGAGGGGUCAACCCGUCCUCCGUCACCAUUCCAUCUGCCUUUCUGCCCUUGUUGCCUGUCGCCUCUAAAAGGAGGAAGAGUAAAAGUUCAGACAGGGAUGCUGUAGGAAUGGAAGGAGAGAGGAGGCCAUUGCUCGGACGCGACGGAAGAGGUGAGAUUCACUCCAAGGAAGGGUUGUCUAUCCACGAGUGGGGGUCCGGAGUAGAGGGGGAGGGAGAAGAUUCAGAGCUGGAGAGGAGGAAAGCAGAUCGUGGAAAAAGGCGUGGAGGAGGAAGGACAAUGUCCGAUGAGGAGCGGGACCGUGAUAAGGUCGUCGGGAUAUAUUCGGAUGACGAUGGUUCUUCGGGAGAGUUUGGAAAGUUUGAGAGGUACUGGGAGGAUCACGAAGGCAGGGCGGUGGGAGGGAUUGGUGGGGGCGGUUGGUUUUUCAGCACCUACCCCUCCAGGGAGAAAGCCGGCAGCAUCAACAGUAGAGAUGAUCUGUUCCUGGAGCGAGGAGAGAGGUGGGGGACAGCCGAAAGUGGAUGGGGGUCUGGUGGAGGUCGUGUUGUUGGUGGUGGUGGUGGUGGUGGAGGAGAGAGAGGGUGGGGAUCGGGAUCGCAAUGGCCCCCGCCUCCUCUCACACCACCACCUCCUCGACGAUACUGGUCCGUCGACAAACUCCACAUGCAGGAUGAGAAGAAGAGCAAACGCAAGUCAAAGGAAAAGGGAAGGGGGCACGCUGCUUGUUCCUCCUGUCACUCCCCCCGGCACCAUCCGCACUCCCAUUCCUCCAAAUGGGCCCGCGUAACCUCGCGAAGCCAGGAAGAGCUGUACCAGCAAAGCCAGAGUUUUGGCGGGCCCCCGAAGCCCAAACAGGAAUCCUCAUCCUCCUCCAAACCUGAGCGCUCACAGAAUCCCUCCAAAUCUGGCAGCCAGUCCAACCUCAGUAUCCAGCAGCGGACACAGAGAACAGAUAGGGAUCGAGAUCGAGGACGACAAUCGUCCCCACCUCCGAGCCUCAUACCAAACUUGCCACCCCCGCUUCCUGCCCUUCCAGCUCCUCCGUCCUCAUCUCACCCUAUCCACGUUCCUCCCCCUACCUCUUCCUCCUCUGUUUCCUCUCCCUCUGUGGUCUCCUCCACCCCAGGGGCACCCCAGCCCUCCUCCAUGGCUUCGGCAAGUGCCAAACUACAGUACCAGAGGCUGCGCUCUGUACCCCAGCCCCAGAGGUUCCCUCAGUCUCCUCAUUUACCCCUCAAAGCCAAGAGCCUUUGCUCACGAAGGGGCUCAGCCCAUUUCUCCAGUGUGGAGAGCGAAGUCUGAAGUUCAGCAAGGUGUCAAAAGUCAUAAGGGAGCCCUGCGAGGCUGAGGCAAAGCAGGUGAUCCGAAUCUGCCCGGCAGCACACAUGGGUGCGCAGCCAGGUCAGUACAGUGUACGCACUGAGCCCUUUCCUAAAAUUGUGCACAAAGAAAGAAAGAAAUAAGGAAACAAACCAGAGAGACAAACAAACCCGAUGGGGUAGGUCAAAAGGAAGACGGGAGCAAUCUUGUGCUAACUGUUUUUUUCCUUUCAUCCCUCUCAGUAUGUGAAAGACUACAACCGCAGCACCAUCUUGCAUUCUGAACUGGGUUAUUAACGAAUACACUAAAAGCAAAUCAGACAUUAAAAGUGGUACAACUGAAGGAGACUCCUUUGCUAUAGACAGUAAGAGAUGUUGAAGUAGAGCAGUAGUUUGUAUUCAGAGGAUUCUUAAUGCUUACUGAGGGCUCAGGAACUUUGUAGUACUGUAUGCCUGCUGCUCUCAGAAGCCUUUAACACAGAACAGUGUUCUUAUAUUUUUCCCUUAAACAAAUCGCUUACCCCUAUUUUCCUUUUUCCUUAACAAACUGUUUACACCCCCGCAGAACUGUGACACCCUUUCGAGGCACUUUUGUUGCAUAUGAUCAUUACCCUCUUGUUUAGAGGGAGAGGAGGGUGAUAACCACCUUGUCUUCUCUGUUACACCAUCUCUGUUGCACCAUUUUCUGGUCUCGUUUGUUCUGCCCUAUCUUUUCCCCCUUUUUUUCCCCUCUCUUCUCACCCCUUUUUUCCCCUUCCUAUUUUUCUCUGCUUUACCUCUUUUCCCACCUUAUUCAUGUAUUUGUCUCGUCAUCUCUCUUGUCUUCUCCUCUCCCCUCUUGGCUCCUCUCCUUGAUGUGAUUAUUCUGUGUGUCUGUGCUUUUCUGUGUUUGUAUUCUUGACAACAGGGUAAGUCAACUGUGACUGAUAUUCUACUGGUUUAAUGAAAAGCUGAGUGCCAAACUUAAGUAGAACUCAACAUCAAUCUGUACAACGUUAGCUGCUAUGUUUCCUUUUAUCUCGCAGAGUAUUCCAUCAUCUCCCAAAUAUGUGCACAUGCAAAUACCCACUCACACACACGAAAGUGCACACAAACACUUGUCUACAUGCACGUGCAAGGACGUGCAUCUAAACAAGUCAACUGAUCGGUUCUCUUUGUUGAGCAAUACAUUAUUCAGCCUCUGUUCAUGUUACAAUUUUAUACUUUGAAACUUUUACUUUACUUCUGUGUUGUAGUUGUUGUUGUUAUUGAUUGUGUUCUAUAUAUCCAGACAUGUAUUAAGUCUAAUACAAUGUAAGCACUGUGCCAUACUACUCAAGCUGCACAUGAAACGUUCUCUCAACUACCUAACUACGACAAUGGUGGAUAAACAGGCAGGUGUCUUUUUUCCUCCCUGUAUUUGACUGAAUGUAAUGUCAGCCGCCAUAAGGUGUGCUGCAACAACAAUUAAGACACUUGGAGAUAUGAAGAGAGUUGACUUCAGUUCAUUGUUGACGUAGCCCGACAUAAGCAACGGUAUGCAAAACUUGCAGGGUAAGCUGCAACUGAUGUAAGUAAUAAUCUUGAAUAUUUUCAUUAAAAUAAAUGUCACAGAAUCGCCGAAUGAGGUAACACAAGCCCUCGCAUUUGUAGUAUUACAAACUGGGUGUCUGUGGUGACAUUACCAGGAAAAAACCCAAGCCACGCACACGUUUUCUGUCACCCGGCAGUGGUUGGGUCCGCCAGAGAGGGUAGGCAAAGCUAACGCGACAGAAUUUCGCUCUUCAACUCGAAACUUAGUGACGUCACACAGGCAACACUGUUUUGGAUCUCUGGUGAGCCAGAAACACACCUGCAAUUAUCGCUUAUCGCCAUAGGUGCCGCCACAGAGAAUGAAACGGAGAUUUUCAAGAUUUUUAUUUCCCCUGCAGGUGGUCAAAUUGGUGCAAAGACUAGAUAGAAUACAGCUAAACUAAAACGUAUUAACCCAGGUCUGCUUGCCAUCAAGCAGGAGAUAUGUUUUGAGCGGGUUGACAAGUCAAGUUGAAAGAUUGUUGCAGGAAAAUACAUACUUAGCCUUUACUUACUACAGCCUUUGGGGUCGAUCACACCGAGAAGCAUCGCUAGAAACGCGGCACCAGCAAAACCAUCGUUUUCCUUCUUUCUUGCGCCGCACAUUGCACGUUUCUAGCGUUUUUUAGACGCGCAUAACUAAUCAUUGUUUUAGCAAAUGCCGCGAGUCGCACCACCCGUCAAUGUCACACUUUGCCAAAGGCAGCCGAUCAAAUCGAUCAAGAGGUGGGCUUUACCACUUCCUUCCUGUUUUGAUGCCCGUAGAUGAAAGCAUCUAGCUUCCUGUUUGUUAGCAUGUACACAACACUGUUUAUAAAUCACAGUAAAAAGAAGUUGAAAGUGGAGUUGGACUACAUUAACUUUACACUUUACUGGGCUUUACUGACUAACUGGCCGUAAAUGACGAGCGUUAAAAUUAGCCCGUAUAUUGCUUAUGCUAAUUUCCAACUAUCAUAUCAGCCUGCAAACAGCUAAUUUUGCUGCUCUCUCUCUGCUUGAAUCCAUUGUUUGUUUUUUUCGUUAAUCACAGUUGAUCGCCCAGUUGCCGUAGUGGCAGCUUUUCGGUGUGAUCGGGCCCCUUAUGCUAAUAGUUUCUGCCUAAUGUUUUGUGUAAAGUAUAAGUAUGAAGGUAUGUUUUUUUUGUUAUCAACAUGUCUGAGGUUAGCCUCAUGCUAUGAAGACAGCGUAUUCGGACAGGGAGGAAUUCGAUCAGUGAGCAAUUGGAUCCAAUGCGAGCGCCGUUUUGAUGUCAAAGAGACCGUGCCUAUGUUCGAUGCUAGCUAGCGGAUGAGACUGUUUUGAAGAAGUGCUAGAUCUGAGAGACUGUGUAUGAAAGACACAGUAGCACCUCCUGUGCGAUUAUCAUAAUUUGUUUCAAGUGUUUCUUCACCUUGUAAACGUGUAAUCAAGAGCUACAGCUUUUUAAUCCAUGACCGAGCUGACACCAGCAGUUACACUCCGAUGCCAAGCACUUAGCUCGAGUAGCUACGUACAUCCAUCAACAUUAGAGUCUAGCAUCAGGACAUUGGACAUGGAGUUUUUAAGUGAAGAGGCAAGAACCGCUUGCACAAACAGCGUUUGUGUUUUUUCAGUCGGUCGUAACGCCUGAGCCAUCUUCCCCAUAACAGUCUGGUCAGCUCUUGUUUGCCUGGAACUGCAUCUGAGCCAUAAUUUACUUCAGCUGAAGAAAAAAAAAAAAGAAAAAGAAGAGAACUUACGUUUUUAACAUAAACUUGUUGUGUAGAGUUUGUCUGCCUUUCUUUAGGAAAAUAAAUCUAUAUAUAUAUUUAUCAAAAAUAUAUAUAUAUAUAUUUGUGGCAGUGGGUAGUGUUAGAGAAUAUUGUGGUUUAGCGUCUUGGUAUUUAGGGAUAUUGUUUUUCAUUCCAAGUCCAUUUCGAUAAUAAUGUAAAUGUUAUGUGUUAAAAACACAUUCUCCCUCAAAUUCAUUGACGACAGGGAAAUUCUUGGUUACUUUCUUCGACAAAGAUUGACUGUAUUAAGCCAAGUUGGAGGCAGUUCAGUGAUUUGCUUUUUAAAAUCAGCAAUCGACCUCUUUCCCAAAUUUUCAAUGAAAGCCGGAAAAAGGGCUGAGUAAGUGUGACAUGUUUCUGUGCAUUCACACCGCAAGCAACUCUGCAAGUCUGUUGCCCCAAAUACAAACAAUCUCUGCGACCUAACAGAAUUGGCUUACUUUUGCCUCUGAAAAGUUGGCUUUAGCCCAACCAUUUAGGCGCGUUCGUCUUGCUGUGUCUGUUGCCGUAUAGCGUCGGCGAGCUAGCAUAAACGGCACAGCAGCUGCUAGCGGUGUGAACACAAAGCUUGGGCGUUUCCCCGUAGAAACGAGCCACCCAUCCUUCCUUCUCUCCCCUCGCCUCUUUUUUUCUCAUGUCGAUCCAUUGUGUUGCUGCGUGUCUGCAAUUGUAAAGCUUGUCUGUUUUUAAAAAAAAAAAGAGUAUCUGUGGAUAUAUUUAUUUCAUCUUAAAAAAAAUAUAUAUAUAUCUAAAUAUAUAUGAUAGUAUAUUUCAAGGCGCUAAGAUCUAUGUUAUAUAAGUUUGUCUACUAAAUUUUUGGUAUUAUCUCAAUGAAUAUGUCUUCUUUUUUUGUCUGUCUGUCUGUCUCUCCUUGUCUCGAACCUCCUGCCCAGCUCCCUACCCUCCAGCGAAAACAGAGACCAGUAUGUAACUGUGUUUUUGCUCACUUAAGACCAACCAUUCGCCUCCAUUCGCUAUCUAUCUUGUAGCUGACGCUAAGAUUUCAACAUGAGUGACAACGCGGAGGGGCGCGCGAGUGUCUUACGACCGUGUCACUGUAGCAGUGGUGGCGUGUGUUUGUCUACCCAGAGGGGCCUUUAUUUUUGGUUUGGGCUACAGAUUAAACCUUUUAUGGAUACAGCAGCUUUUAUCACAACUCACUUAUGUGUGGGGGGGGGGGGUCACGUUCUCGACCCUGUUUUGGGGUUCACAUCGGACCUUGGAGUUUUUACCGCAGCGUAGAGUACGGUGACCUCUUUGAAACACAAUGUAGCGAGCAGCACAGGCUUUUUUUUGCAUUUCUUAGUAGCUGUAUUACUAUACAAAAACAUGCACAGCUACCCCUGCCAACCAACUUAUACGGUAUAUAUAAGGACUUUGAUAAACGUACAUAGUGUGUUGUAUCUGCCAAGCUGCUGUGCUGUAAAAAAUAAAAUAAAAAAUAAAUAAAAAAAAUCUAAAGGAGAUAAAAAAAAGAAUUAUACACAACAGACACACUGUUUCUUUCUUAAUUUUACAAAACAGGUAAAGCUAAUAUGACACAUGUCAGGGGCAGGGCUAAAUCUGCUCGCUAGUGUGGUUUCCACUAAGGCCAAAAAUGGCCCAACCAGGGCUUUCUUUUGAUAAUCGCAUCUUCAGACUUUUAUUCCUAAAUGGACGACAAUGAUCCUGCACACGUCAUUGGCUAGAACUUGGAAACACUGCCUGAGAUAAGAGAUCCCCCUCCUGGCCAUGCUGCACUCUUAUGUGCUUAUGAUCGGUCAGUAUGGUAAAUCAAUUUUCAACCUCGUGUUUAGUAAUAUAUGAAGCAUUUACCGGCCCUCAGCCCUGGUAAGCCCAGUUUUAGCCUGCAGUGGAAACACGUCCACAGUUUCUGCCUGUACACCUCUGAACAAUGUCUCAAGGCCUUGUAUUAAUACUGCUGUAUUGACUGUACGGAAUCAUGGCUAGUUGUGCUCCACUUUAUUGUCAGCACCUCACCCACACAGACCCACACACAUGCACACACUGUCAGAUUCACAUGAGCGCACCACACACACACACACACACACACACACACACACACACACACACACAGGUAACAAGGGUGGUAAGACAUUCUGAAUGACAAUACUGUGCUGCACUGCAAGCAGGACAGAAGUAAAAUGAUGAUUUUAAUAAAGAACUGAAACAAA